CACGAAGUUCCAUUUCAUGUCUAAUCUAUUCUAUCUUUAGUCAAUGAUGCAAUACGCAAAUGACUUUCAAAAGGUGAAAACAAAAAAACAUUAGAUAUCUAAUCUAUUUCUAAUUCUUAGUUAAUGGCAAUGCCAAGAAAUAUUUAAAGAUUGACAGUUUGUACGUUUUUAUUGGUUAACACAUACUUUAGUAAUUGGUUACCUUAUCUGGUUUUACGAAAAAAAAAAGAAAAGAAUAAAAAAGAUUUUUGAAAUCUUAAUGACACAAACCGAUAGUUGAAUAAUCAGUACUGUUCAAACUAUUCAUAAGGUGGAAAUGCUAAUUAAAAACUAGAUGAGCCAAAAAGCAUAUUUAUGCCAGAUUUAAGAUACAUAUAACGUGAGUUAUGGGUUGAAUCAUGAAUCGCGCAAAAUGUAAAUGAUUUAUUUAAUUUAAAUAAUGUAAGAAGUAAAUGAUAUAAAAUAUAUAAUUAUGAUUGGCUGCUCUAAAUUAUUUGUACAAACUAAUAGAUAAAGUAUUAAUAUGACUUCACAAAAUAUCUCGUUAAAAUCAUUAUUGACGCUUAAUAAUAAUGAUUUUAAAGAGUUUGUUUGUGGCUGGGGAGCUGCAGUAAUUAAUGUAUCUAUUACCUUUCCAAUUAACAAAAUAGUAUUUAGACAGAUUUUGGAAGAUGUUCCAGCCAAUAUUGCGUUUCAACAGAUAUCCAGAGAAGGGAUAAGAUUAAUAUAUCGUGGAAUUUUACCACCUCUUUGCCAAAAAACUCUUUCGGUUAGUGUAAUGUUUAGUAUGUACGAAGGUUGCAAGGAACGUUUGUGCACAUUAACAAAUAAUGAUAUAUUAACGAGAAUAAUAGCAGCGCAUUUUGCUGGUACUGUUGAGGCUAUACUUAUGCCGCUUGAAAGAGUACAAACAUUGUUGCAAGAUUGGCGGUAUCAUGAUAAGUUAAAAAAUACUUCGCAUGCAUUUAAGUAUUUAUUAAAAAAUUAUGGUAUAUCAGAAUGUUAUCGUGGAUUAGUCCCAAUUAUAUAUAGGAAUAGUUGUUCCAAUCUUAUGUUUUUUAUUCUCAAAGAACAAUCGAAACAAUACGUAGGCGAACAAGAAUCAUUAUUUACAAGUUUUGUUAAUGGUGCUCUAAUAGGUGGUUUCACAAGUACUGUAUUUUAUCCGAUGAAUGUAAUAAAAAUUCAUAUGCAGUCAAAAAUAGGUGGUAAUUUUGAGAAAUUUAUGACAAUUACUCGUGAAAUAUAUGUUGAAAGAAACAGAAGUAUAAUGUCAUUUUAUAAGGGUGCGCAUUUAAAUUGUAUGAGAUCAUUUAUAAGUUGGGGAGUUAUAAAUGCAUCUUACGAUUUUCUAAAAACAGUCAUGUUUUCACAAUAAUUUAUGUUAAAAGUAUUUAAAUUUAUUUAAAGACACAUAUAUACAUUAUUUGAUGUAUAAUUUUACAAAUGGCAUUUUUUAAUUAGAACUAUUAAUCGCACAUUUUUUCUUAUAAUAAAAUAUCAAAAUCAUGUAAGGGAAAUAAAAAUUUUGGUAUUAUGACAAUGUUAUGAAAUAAUGUCUUUUUAUUUAAACGAAUAAACUUA